GGAAAGGGGUGAGGAGCAGUGAUGGGGGUGUGUUUGAAAAUGGCCGCCCACCUGGCCAGUGGCCGGGUCAAUGUUGCGCUGUUACGCGAAGCUGCUAGACGAGAAUUGGUCGAAUUGCUAGACAAAUGCAUCGGAACAAAGGCGAUCGUGUGGGACGAGACCCUGGUCGGACCCUUCAGCCUCAUCUCCGAGUUCGUGCUCCUCAAGGAGCACAACGUGACGCAGAUGUUCCACUUGGCCGCCAAGCGACCCAUCUCGACAACGGCGCAGAACAUUGUGUACAUGGUUCGUCCCAAGCUCCAUCUCAUGGAUAUCAUUGCGGAACAUGCUCUACAGGAGGAAAAGUCCAGGGGAGGCCCCAAGAAAGAAUUCCACAUCUUCUUUGUGCCCAGGAAGAGUCAACCCUGUAUCCGAAAGCUACAGCAACACGGCGUCUACGGAGACAUCCACAUAGAGGAGUACGCUCUGGAGCUGUUCCCCGUCGAUAGUGACGUGCUUUCAAUGGAGAUGGAGUACUCCUUCAGGGAGUGUGAGGUGGAGGGCGACACGACUUCGAUGCAUCACGUGGCUCGUGCCCUGAUGACGCUGCAGACCCUCUAUGGAGUCAUUCCCAACGUGUACGGCAAGGGCAAGCACGCACAGAUGGUGUCCGAGAUGAUGGUGCGCAUGCGGCGUGAACUCUCGGGCCGGGAACCCCAGCUGGUGCCCCAGAUUGAGAACCUGCUGCUCCUUGACCGGGCAGUGGACCUCCUCACCCCUCUUGCCACGCAGCUCACCUACCAGGGACUGCUCGACGAGAUCUUUGGGGUGCACCACAACAUUGUGAAGGUUCCCCCGGAGAAGUUCCAAGGCGAGGGAGAGUCUAAGCAGUUCUGCCUCAACUCGGCCGAGGAGCUCUUUGCAGAGCUCAGGGACCGCAACUUCAACGCCGUGGGCCCCGUGCUCAGCAGGGAAGCCAAGAGCCUCUCCUCUCAGUACGAUGCGCGGCACGAGGCCCAGACCAUCCCGGAGAUCAAGCAGUUUGUGGACCGGCUGCCCUCGAUGCAGCUCAAGAAGAAGUCCCUGGCCAACCACACGUCCAUGGCUGAGCUGAUCAAGGAGGUCACAGACCGAGAGUCCUUCUUUGAAGCGCUGGGCAUCGAACAAGAGUUCAUGAACGGCCUGGACACUGACAAGGUGCACCCCCGCAUCGAGGACCUGAUAGCCCGAGAAGAGGACAUGCUCAGGGUACUCAGACUGGUGUGCAUGCAGAGUGUAGCCAACAAUGGACUCAAGCAAAAGGUGUUGGACCACUACAAGCGAGAGAUUCUUCAGACCUAUGGCUACCAGCACCUGCUGAGCCUAGAGCGGUUGGAGCGGGCAGGAUUGCUGACGACACACGAACAACGAGUUUACUCCGUGGUACGCAAGACACUUAAGCUCAACGUAGAAGACAUCAACGAGCAGGCCCCCAACGACGUGUCAUACGUGUACAGUGGCUAUGCGCCGCUGAGCGUGCGCCUUGCCCAGUUCCUGGCCCAGCCCGGCUGGAGGGCCAUCCAGGACGUGCUCAACAAGCUGCCCGGUCCCACCGUCUGCGAGCUGCAGCAGCGGCCGCCCGGCAUGCGGCCACGGCGGGGCUCGGUGUCGUCUCUUCAGUCCGGUGCUGAUGAGCCGAAAGUGACGCUGGUCUUCUUCCUGGGGGGCUGCACCUACGCCGAGAUCUCGGCCCUACGCUUCCUCUCGCAGCAGGACGACGCACCCGUGGAGUACCUGGUGGCCACCACCAAGCUUAUCAAUGGCAACAGCUUCCUCGAGUCCCUGGCAGAGCCGCUCCGGACACCGGAACCACAGUGAAGAGAAGUGCCGCUUCCGCGUGCGGUACUUAGUACACUUGCUCUGUUCUCAGCUUUUUGAUAUUUUUGUAGUUGCAUCAGAUCUACCCACCAGGUGAAGCGUCCGUGAUGGGGAAGGUAUUUAUUAGCCAAAGAGAAUAUAAUAAACGCCACGCAUAUUUUCAUAUCAGUUCAGCCAGGCUUGGCAGGCUGAAUCCUUUGGUUUGGCUAGAAAAAUGUACCUAGCCUGGUCCCCAAGUUGAACUGAGCUUCUUUUCAAGAAAAUUGGAGUGGGGAAAAAUCUUGAAGGUCACGUGGUGAUAUGCAUCUAGUUCUUUACAAUGCUGCGACUUCACUCAAACUGCUGGAACUUUUCGUGACAAGUCUAUCCAUUCUUUACAAGAUAUUGAUUUCACUCGAACUAUGGUGCUUGGAUCGCGUCUCCGACUGGUUUGUUAACCGCGUCCAAAAGAGUGGUCCCUCGAUUUCCGCCCGACGACGUCAUCGAAGUGUCACGCUGUCGCCGGCUGCAAUCCUGGCGGCGGCGCAACAGCAGCGGUGGUGGACAGGACAGACGCUUGUUCUGCUGCGUGUCGCUCACCAGACUGACAGUCCACGGAAGCUUGAGACGCCACGUCGACAGCGACACUCGCAUUAUCUCUUACCUUUUGCCGAAAUUUCUACGACCAUCCGCCGGGAUCGCGACAUCCGACAGCACGACACUCUGGCUUUCGCGACCUCAUUUGUUGCCACUUGGGGGCACUUUGGAUGCAUGGGCAGAAUAGGACGCCAAACACACUAGUCGGGUACGCGCUUCAGGCACCAUACUCUAACUGCUAAUAGGUUUUUUUUUUGAGUGGCAAACUAUUUUUAGGCAGGUUUUUUUUUACCAUUUGUAAUUGUACAAAAUUUAGAAGUGUGCAGAAAUAAUCUUUUUGAACCGCAGAUUGAAUGUAUGAAUAUUAAGAUUUAACUACAAGCGAAUUUCAAUAUUUUCGAAUCUGAACAUUUUACAUUUAGUGUGAAUUAAAUGUGAAUACUUAAGUAAAUCUCAGCUGGGAAUGUUUUCUAAGAUGUGUACCUAUAAAAAGAAAGUUUUAUUACUACAUUGGACUCCAUUUUCUGUAUCUUGUAGUAAUAGGAAGAAAAAAAGGCCCUUGUAAGACGUGUUCGGUAAAUCAUAAUGUAAUGUGGCAAGGAAAACAAUGACUACCUACCUUAUAAUCAAGGGGUGAAUUAUGAUUCUAAAUUUAUAACCAACGAAGGCCGACCUACACUAGCGAACAAACCUUCCAAGACCAUUGAGCUAACCGAGAUGCUCCGAUACAUCAGCUGUUUCUCCUAGCACGCCGGUGCAAAGCAGUGUAGCCUGACGCAUGUGAGCUGGUGUGAAGCAGUGAGGUUUGACGCCGGAGUGCUGGUGCAAAGCAGUGAAGCUUAACGUGAGAAACCUGAGAAUUUAGAAUAUUUUUGUAUUGUAUAUUAAAUCAAAUAGCAAACAGCAUUUGCAAAUUAUUCAAAGUUUUGAAUAUUUGUGGGCCUGUAACGAAAUCUCGAACUAGCAACCCAGAGCAAUCUGGUAUCAAAUUAGAAUGUCUGUAGCAAACUAAUUUUCAAGAACUGUUACUCGAAAUGGCUGUCACUGCAUAGCUAUGAGUGUAAGCUGGUGGUAGAUUGCUCAUGUUGGUGAUGUUUACGAAAAAAAAAAAAGCAUGUUUAUGUUUUUCUUCUUUUUUUUUAUUGAUUAACCAUAUAGUUGAGAAUAACGGCACAUAAAUAAUGGUUCACCUUCUUACUGAAACUUUUAGAAACCACUUAGGGUAAGCUUCAUUUAACCUGGUCUCUGAAAUUUCAUGGUUCAGUGUCCUACUGGCUUCACUGCAGUAUUAGUGGUGUCUUUAGCAAUAACAGAUGGUCUAGAAAACCAUUUUAGCAUAAGGUGCUAAAUUCCAAGGACAUGACCAAGGGCUGAAACAAAGCACAGAGGUUCAUUAACAUUGUCUUGAACCACACAAUGUAGCAUAUCAAUGUUAUUGAACUCUAAAGGAUAUUUCGAGCAUACAGCAAAGCACUGGAUCAGCAUUAAGUGCAAAGUCAGAGAUGUGGUAUCUCCUAUCACUGCUUAGUCUUCCUCUUUACCCAUUGCAAAACUGCUAGAAAUUUUUAGGAUCAAGACGAGUUUUAUGAGAUCCUUCUCUCUUGGAGCUUCUACUUCCAGCAAUUUCUUUGGUCAGAUUCCAUCUACUUCUGGCAGCACAAUAUACUUUCUACGGGGAACAACAAGGUUUAUGGCUAGCCCAUAUUGCCGCAUCCUGUUCAUUAAAUAUCCCAUAGCUAGCUGUCAUAGGCUAAACUUCUCACCUACAUUGGAAACAUAUGAUGCCUUUUGGAGCAGAUUAUAGUUUCCCACUCUCUGAACUUCCAUGCGACAAAUCUUAACCGGUGUUUAGCCAUUCUUUUUCUUUUUCUUAAAUUACAUUUUUACUGAACAAAGUGGCAGCAGACUCGAUUUGAUAUGUUGCCGGAGAGAUAUUCAUGAGCUUCAAAAUUUUGCCAGGCAGAGCCAGCCAGUGUGUAGUUUACUGUCCAGUUCUCCACAUCCGGGAGUCAAUUUUUCGGGCUGAUGAUUGUACCGCUGUAAGACGCAUGUGAUUGGUACACGGUUAUGUGAAGACGGGUUGAUGAGGUUGGGAGAUCUGCACUUUUUUGCAACGUUGGGUCGUCGUUGGAAAGCUGAGCGACAGGCGUCUAGCUGUCGGAUGCGGUCACCAUGGUCCGGAGGGACGUCUGCGCAUGACUGGCGCUCCUCGCCAAGACACCGUGAAGUGUGCUGGCGUCAGGGCGAGCUCCUCACUUGACGGAACGCGCUUGCGGGGCAGGGGUCACGUCUCUGGGUCAGAAUGCUCGAGCGUUGCCGACUGAUUACUGCUCAGACCGGGCGUUGUGGUGCAGAAGACGUUCCAGGGACCGGGCGUUGGGUACCACUUGGAGCACCACUACUUGGUCCGGAGACGUGCAUUGCACAACCAAGAAUGAAAAUAAACAGAAGUUUGUCUGA